AUGGGAGAAGAGGAGGCCGCGGAAGAGGCGACCGCUCCGGGUGAAUCCGUGGAUUUUUCGGCACUGACCGCUGCGGGUGUCAGUCGUGAGGAGCUUUCGACGGUGGUGUCCGUGCUCUCCCGUUUGCACGAGGCGGAGCAGGCAGGACUCCUGGAGCCCAAGGAGAAGUGCUUGAGACCACUGCGGAAGAUCUUGGCACGACACUUCCGCCACAGCUUUGGACAUUUGCCGCAGCAGGAUGAGCUCGAUGACAAGGAGCGCAAGAAGUUUGAGAAGCAGCAGAAGAGAGAGAGGAAGCAACGACAACUCGAUGCGGAUAAACGUUGGAAGGAGAAUGCUGAGCUUCGAGCAUCAAGACUUGCAAAGCUUAACCAGCUGGAGGAAGCUGAAGGCGAGGGCCAGGGAUGCUUGCGAAUUCCCGAUGGCCCAGCAGAAAGCGAAGGCCACGAAGGUUACAAAGCGAAUUAUGAGGAUGCUGAGAGGGCUGAGAGCGAAUAUCAUCGGCAACAAGCUUGUUACAUUUGCAAAGUGCGCUUUUCUCAACGACAUCACUUCUAUUCGCACCUAUGCCCGGCCUGUGCUUCUUUAAACUUUGAGAAGCGCCAUCGCACUGAAGACAUGACUGGUCGUGUUUGUUUUGUGACAGGUGCACGCGUGAAGAUUGGUUUUCAAGUCGCCCUGAAGUUUCUUCGGAUGGGAGCACGUGUGCUGAUCACGAGCCGUUUCCCACACGACGCCCGGCGUCGCUACUUGGGAGAAGCCGAUUCGGGUGCAUGGGUCAGCCGACUCACGGUGAUCGGCGCAGAUUUUCGUUUCUUGGGAGGAGUGGAAGCGAUGUGCCGAGAACUCUGCUUGCAGGAGACUUAUUUAGAUGUCAUCGUCAACAAUGCGGCCCAGACCAUCCGUAGACCUGCAGCAUACUAUGCUCACUUGAUGGAAGGUGAAGGUCUUUUGCAUCAAUACGUUGGCACCUUUCAUCAUCAACAGCGCGUUGAGACCUUUGCUGGACAGGCAGCUCUAAACAUGAUGACGCGCACAUGUGCAGAGGACCUCGCCGUCAGCGGUAUUUACAUGAAUAGUGUGGACACCGGUUGGAUCAAUGAUGAGAAUCCACUUUUUACUGCUCAACGUAUCGCCGAAGAUCAUAACUUCCAGACGCCCAUCGACGAGAUCGACGCGGCCGCGCGCAUCGUGGACCCCGUGUUGACUGGCCUCGAAGUGUUGAGAACGCAGCGAAAGCACGUGGAUGGAGGUUUCUUGCCUCCUGGAAAGCCACCGCACUUCCCGGAGAACCGAGGGGAUGCCACUGGUGAGGCGAGCCUCAAGGUGGUUCCGACGCUGACCUGGAAUCGAUUCGAAAACCAUCCCGUCUUUGUGAAAUGCUCCCAGCUGGGCUUUGCAAGCACAGCCGGCCGUCGCACCAACACCAGGGACAGUCAGUCCGUGGCCGAAGGCGUGGCCCCCGGCCCCAAAGGUUUCUAUGGUGAGAUGUCCAGUUUCAAAUUUGCCACGAGACGCUUUGCCCUCAGUGCAUUGGCUCUGAACGAUGUCGCAUGCUUCAAGAUCCACAUGAACCGCAACGGCUUGCCGCAGGCUUCAGCCCCGCUUUGGAAGCGUGUGGGUGUGGAUGUCAGCGACAGCAAUGUCCGCUUCGGCGAAUUUCAAGGUUUAGUGAUGAGGCCCUCGGAAGAUGGCCCCUUCUCUGUGGAUUGUUCAGACGUGACACUGCUGCACGGCCGAGAUGCGACGAUGACAGAGGAGUCCGAGACCUUGUUGGCAGAGACCCGAUGGAGGACCGGCUUGGCUUUUUCAGAGUCCGUCUGCCACAGAGGCAGACAGCCGCAGAAGGUCCUCGCACAUCAGGUGCAGCAAACUUGUGAGGAUGCAUUGCUGCUAGAAGGUGCAGACGAUGCGACACAAGAGCUUGCUGACGAUGCCAGAAACCUCAGUUUAAGGUCUCCCAUUGAAUUCGUCCUGGUCACGGCCUAUGCGCCUUUGGUGAGCUUGAAGGCUUUGGAGUCCAAGAGCCUCAAUGAUGACACCAACAUGCUGGCCUUUUGGGUUACGUGGACCAUUUUGUCAGCGGUUGAGAACAUCACUUGGGGCGCCAUUUGGAUUUUCCCCUUCUACACCGAGUUGAGGUUUGGCCUCCUCGUGUAUAUGCUCUUUUUUCGAAGGUGGCAAGACUGCGUCUCGGAUGCAAGACACACAAGAGUCAUAAUGGCAAAGAAGAAGAUCCCUGCCGAACUCAUGGAGCAGCUGCAAACGGAUCCGAAAGCUUUCCUCAUGACGAUGGUGGAGAAAGGAAAGGAGCAGGUUCAGCAGCUCAUGGCCAAGCAAGGAGAAGCACCCAAAGCCGACAAGAGCGAGAAGAAGAAGAAACAGGAGCGGAGUGUCGUCCGUGUCAGACCGUGA